AUUGUUUCGCCAGCGUAGCUGCGCGUUUCGCCUUCGUGUUCUCAUUUCGUUGAAAGGCGAUUUCCUCCGCUCAUCGUGCAAACACCGCCACUGAGAAGCUCUCGCGUAGUGGUAGCCUUAAUUUAGCAUCUUAGUACACCGCAAAUACAUGUAGGCUGCGCAGACUUUGUAAACUUAGGCUCGCUGUCGGCAGCGUCUGCGGCCGCCGCUUUGCAGCCGUCCCUACUACUACUCGCCGUUCUCAUCGGCGGGAAGACUUUCGCGCGAGACCUGCAGUUCCUGCAAGGAUGUCCUCGAUACAGACGUGUCGUGACACAUCGGACGCGGUGGAACUGUGCGCUCCUUUGGGACUCUACUUGAAAGCGAUCGCCCGCUUAAACGUCAGCAUACAGCUGCCUCAAAUGAAGACGCCCGGGAGGAGCAUAUCGAGCUGGGAAGUGAUGGAAAAACUGCGGCAGACCAUCAAGCCGGACGAGUUCACAACUCUGAAGAUUAGCAAGACGACUCUAGAUUUCAUCCGUUUCGAAGGCGAAGUGGAGAACCGUGGCGCCCUCAAAGCCGUCGUCGCUCGGCUCGACAGCAGUACGGUCAAACUGAGUGGUUUCCCCGAGAACUUGCGCGUUCGUGCUGCGGAAGCCAAGGUUCCGUUCCCAACGCGGCACGAUUGGGACUCUUACUUCCGCGAUGCCAAAGGUAUGGACGAGAUGAAGCCAGGUGAACGGCCGGACACCAUUUACGUGCAGGGCCUACCGUGCAAGUGGUUUGCCGACAAACGACGUGAUGCUGAUCGGCCCAGCGAGCAACUGGUCUGUCAAGCCUUUGGUGGGCCAGGGCUCGUUCGGCGGCUGGACAUUCCCUUGCUCGACCCAUACCAGAAGGACGCUGAGACGUCCGUGGGGCGCAUCUCAACAUUCUCCUUCAGUCAGGAGCUGACCUUUGAUGUGUAUGUCCAGUACAUGGAGUAUAUGGGUUUUGUCAAAGCCAUGGACUCUCUGCGUGGCAUGAAGCUCAUGCUGAAGACGCCUGAGGGACGUGCCUUCACUGCCAACAUCAAAGUAGAUUUUGACCGGUCAAGGCACCUGAGCGAAGAGAGCAUCCAGAGACGACAGCAGGAAAGACUCAAGAUCGAAGCUCUCGAAAGGGAGCGGGAGGAGCGAGUGCUGCGGGAACGCCUGGAAGAAGAGCAAAUGCGAGAGGCUGAAAGGCGACGCCAGCGUGAGGAAGAGGAACAACGGGAACGCAGGCGGGAGGAAAAGCAGCGUCGUCGUGAGGAGCGUAAGAGGCGCGAGGAGGAGGAGGAAGCAAGGAAAAGAAAAGAAGAGGAGGAUGCAAAAAGGAAAAAGGAGGAGGCAUCCAGGAAAAAGAAGGAGGAAGAAGAGGCAAUGAAAAAGAAGGAAGAUGAAUCCAAGAAGAGAAGGGAUGAAGAAGAGAGCAUGAAAAGGUACCAAGAGGAGCUGAGGAACAAGUGGGAGGAGGAAGAAGCUAGGCGUAAGAGAGAAGAGGAGAUGAGGAGGAAGAAGGAGGAGAUCAGGAAGGAAGAGGAAAGCCUGAGACGGAAGAAGGUUGAAGCAGAGCUUAAAAGGCACAAGAGUAGCGACCGCAAGAGGAGCGGCGAGCGCAAGAAAUCCAAGCGCAAGCGAAGAAACAAGGAGGGAAAACUCUUCGUCCGACGUAGAUGAGCGAGGAAGGCGGUCGAGCGAGCAGAAGCUGACUGAACACAAACGGCUUGCUGAACGGCAGCGCAUGAUGGAAGAGCAGCAGUGGUUCAUCGAAAAACAGCAUCUUGUGGAACAGCAGCGCAUUGCUGAGCAGCAACGGCUCACUGAACAGAUGUGGCAUGCUGAACAACAACGCCUUAUCGACCAGGAAAGACUCGACGAGCAGAAGCGUCUGGCCGAAGAGCAACGCAUCAUGGAGCAGGAGACGCUUGCCAAGCUUGAGCGAAUAGCCGAACAGGGGAGUGUUGCUGGACAGCACCGAAUAGCUGAACAGCCGUUAAUUUCAGAGCAGCUGCAAGUUGUGAAGAGUGAUUCUAUUGCGGAAGACCUGUGUAUCUUUGACGUGGAGCAAGUUGCCGAUGAAGAGCGUAUUGCCGAGCAGCAUCGUUUGGAGCUAGAGUCUCAAGAAAGACAGCAGGAGUGUGCUGCGGAGGCAACACGCAAACUCCAGGCAACCCAUUUGCUUCAGGAACUUUUUGAUCUUGUUCGGGCACAGAAACAAAAGGAGGAGGAGGAAAAGAAAAAUGCUGAAGCUGAGGAAGAAGAAAGCAAGCUUCGUGAGCACCUUCUGCGACAAGAGCAGCUGCUGCGCUGAGAAGUUGCUGCGGAAUCUGGAAGCCAAGAAGCGUCAGAAGGCACUCGAGGCCAAAGUGCAAUCUGGCAAGAAUUCAACCGUCCUCAUUCGGGCAAGCCAAAGCUGACAGGAGUGCGGCCUGUUUGUUGUGUAAAUAUGUGCGCACAUACUAUAUGUCCAAGAGGUGGUGUCUUGUGAUCUCCCUAGUUGUGUGGUCCGUGGCCUUACUUCAAAAUGAACGAUGGGGGAACGAUGCAGCAGGGUAAAAGUGGGCUUGGCAAUGCUGCGAAACUGAUAGUCAUGCAAUCCAAUAAACAUGGAGUCCAUACCAAGU